UUGGAACACCGGAGGUUUUUCCCGCCCUCGCCGCGAUCAUCCCGGCUUUUUGGCUGAUGUGAUGGCGAUGUGCGAUGCAGCCGACGGUCCGGCGGUCGGCGUGGCCGUCGCGGCUUCUGCGCUGCUUGUCGACAGUCUCCGGUGUGCCAACUACCGCCUUCGGUUCAGGUCAUCUUCUCUCCAGGCCUCCCCACCUUUUCUCUCUUCUGCAAUCUUGCUCGUGCCUCGACGCCUUCAACCAAGUACUGGCGCAGGUGUUCACCUAUGGCCUCUCCGGCGACCCCUUCACUCUCGCCCGUGCCCUCUCCUCCCUCUGUUCUCUCUCGCCCUCCUCCGACCUCCGCUACGCCCGCCUUCUCUUCGAACACACGGAGACACCCAAUGCCUUUUCGUGGAACACCAUCAUCAGAGCCUACUCUGUCCAUCCUCUCCACCAUCAGGAAUGCUUCUUUCUCUUCAUCAGGAUGCUUCUUAGCGGCGUUUACCCUGAUAAGUACACCUUUCCUUUUGUGUUAAGGGCCUGCUCAGCUGCUGCCUUCUCUGCCCAAGCUUCGGAUGAGGGUGGUUCUGAGUGGUUGUCCGCUGCCCGUCGGUUGUUCGAUGAAAUGCCUGAGAGAAGUACUGUAACUUGGAAUGCCAUGACUUCGUGCCACGUUAAAUGUAAAUGUGAGGUGCAAGGUUUGGUGCUGUUCAACAAGAUGCUGGUUUCGAGAGUGGAGCCAAACGAGGCUACGUUGGUAAAUGUACUCAUGGCUUGUGCUGCCACUGGGGCGAGAAGGUAUGGGAAAUGCCUUCAUGCUUACGUUCAGAGGAAGUAUAUGUGGAUGGCGAACGUUGAUUUGGGCACAAGCCUUAUUCAUAUGUAUAUGAAAUGUGGGGAUAUCUGUAGUGCGCUACUUGUAUUUCGCAGCAUGGUCGUGAAGGACGUUCCCGCUUGGACUGCUGCUAUUGGAGGUCUCGCAUUGCAAGGUCGUGGUAGCGAGGCCAUUGCUGUGUUUGAUCGCAUGGUUUAUUCCGACGUUAAGCCAGACGCAGUAACCUUCACCAGUCUCCUCCAUGCUUGCAGCCAUUCAGGCUUGGUAGGUGAAGGACUUCGCUUCUUCAAUCUCAUGGUUGAUGUUUAUGGAAUCAAACCAGGAAUUCAGCAUUACUGUUGCAUAGUUGAUCUGUUGGGCAGAUCCGGGCUGCUACUGGAGGCCCUAAAAGUUAUAAGGUCUAUGCCAUAUGAACCAAAUGCUGCCAUCUGGUACACCAUUCUUAGUUCUUGUGCAAUUCAUGGAGAUUUUGAGCUAGCAGAACGAAUAGCAUACCAAGUGCAAACAGGUAGAGAGGUUACGGAUGGUGCAUACUAUGUUCUUUUGUCAAAUAUGUAUGCUAAAUUAGGGAACUGGAAGCAGGUAACAAAAAUGAGAGAUAUGAUGGUCGAUAGUAAGGCUAACAAAGUUGCAGGUUACAGCAUGAUAGAGGUAAAUGGUAGUGUUAAUACUUUCUUGGUGGGGGAUGAUACACACGAGCUAACCCUGGAAAUAUAUUCUCUGCUACAUGGGAUCUCUCAAGAGUUAAAACUAGCCGGUCAUGUGUCGUUUGCGGUUGUUGUAAAUCAUUAAUGCAGCACGUACAGAUGGCUAUAUCAGACGUUGGUUAUUGAACUAACAGUAACUCUAUGAGCAACCUUUUUCGAGUGAUCAACUCUAAUGCUUCAGUCGCUUGGUUACAGUGAAUAGCUUAAAUUGAAAUGCCUUAGUCAAAAACUUGACGGUUAACUUGAGUAUGGAAACCAUAUUUUCAGUUAUAUGGGGUGUGCAAGUAAGAAUCUGUUCGGACGAUAGCAUAAGAAUAACUGGCUAGUACACGGUAAUAUAGAAUGAGAGGCAGUGAGUUGCAAUACGACAUGAAGUCAAUGGAAAGUUAUUGAGAAGCAUAUGCCAAGAGGAUGUGCACAUCCUUUAAAUGAGUACCUUGUUCGUUCAUACUGUCCUCCUUUGAGAUGACGUCUCUCUGUUUCAAGCCCCUUAGGCAAUUCCAGUUCUAAAUCAGAGACCACGUCCAUUGGUGAAACAUUAGUAGAUUCAGUGCCCAUGUCACAUAUAAUUAGUACGGCAAGCUGUAAUUCAGCUAUGUAUCACGGGUUAUACUGUUCAUGGAGAUGAUGGCAGCUUUCAGGAGAUGUGGUGAAUUGUAAUUUUCCCUUUUUUUCAUUCACAAGCAUCUUACACCCAUAAUUAUUGUUGGUGAUCCUACUCGUGCGCAAACUGGAAGCCCUCAUCCUUUUUUGAAUUCAGAAGAUCUUCGGCAUUCGUCGUGCGAGGACUGCAAAAUGAGAAAUGGAUAUGAUGUACCACAAAGGUGUUUAUCCUCUGUGAUAUCAUGUGUUUUCAGUCCGGCAACCACAAUAUCUUUUUGUAGCUGAUGGCUUUUCGGGAUGAUGUAAACUCGUUAGAAGUGAAGAACACGGAAACUAAAUGGCUUGUACAAAUAAGAAAUAGAGCAAAUUUGGAUUAGAAAAAGUUCAGGUUUCUUCUUGUCGGUAAU